UAGGAUAAAGUAAUCCUUCUCACCCCCCGCCCCUUAAAAGAUUUAGAUGCACUAUUGUAAAGUGGCUGUUCCACUGGAUGUCAUAAGGUGAAUGCACCAAUUUGUAAGUCGCUCGUCUGCUAAAUGACUUAAAUGUAAAUGUAAUGACAAGUGGGACAGUAGUUGGAACACGUUCAAAUUGGGUAAACCUGCAAACUCCUCGAUUUCUUUAGUGUCCGUGUCUCUUUUGUGACCUUUAUUAAAAGGUGUGAAUUGUCACCUCAUACUACUAUGCAUGUCAAUUGAGACAUGCUUAACUACAACAAAGUUUUUACAAAUUGAAAACGUGUAGAAUUAGACACGCACUCAAUCAAGAAUAUUCUACGGUAGUUUGUUCACAAACAAUAUGGAUCAUUUUCGCCCCAAAACAGGCGCUCUACACUUGUAAAGCUGAUGUUGAUGUGUAUUUCAAUGUGAUAUGGAACACCGUUUGGGUCUUUGCGUGUCAAAAAAGGUACACGUCAAAUAACACUAUUUGACACGUUAAAUAAUCUCAUAAUUUGACAAAUAACAGUUUAAUUGUAGAAUGUUGUGUUGGACUGCAACUUCUGGGGUAGCUAGCUCGCUUCAGCUUGGUACCUAGCUUACACCAAUACAACCCGCCUGAAAACAAUGACCAGUAGAAACUGCAGUUAUUUUCAUUAUUCUUAGCAAUGAUUUAGGAAUCCUUGUAAGUAUUAGCAAGGUAGUCGCUUGUUGUUUGCCUAUUGACAUUAAACUUCAGUUCAUUAAAAUAAAUAGCUCGCCAGCUGCUAAACCCUGUUUCCCAAAGUUAACGUUAUAAGCAGCCAGCUAGGACCGGGACCGGGUUGUGAAGCUAGCCACAAUAAGGAUUUGGCACAAUGGUGGGAUUUGCGGUUUGCCUUAUUUAAUUAUAUAAUCAUGCCAUAUUUAGACUAGAUAAGGUUAAACAAGGUUGGAAUGUGAAGCAAUGAAAUGGGAUAUCAGCCUACUUGGUGACACCCACAGAACACAACUGUGAAGAGUUUACGCAAAUAUUAGUGUUGUAGCUCUUAUUGCAGGACUGUGAAAUCACUUCCCCAGUCAGCCUAUUGUGUGUAUUGACAUUCAUAUUGCACUGUACAGCUUUACCUAAGGGUUGAGGAUCAAUAAAAUGGUGUAUCAGUCUGCUCAAUACCCAAUAAAUAUUUUCACAACGUCCUCCUCAGAGUUACCAGACUCCAAAACAUCGUCACAGUAUUGUUUUUACCCUGGAAUAGUGUUUAAUACACAUAGGUUGACAUUAAAUGUGGCUCAAUUCACAGUUUUUUCAGAGUCCCACAAUAAGAGCUACGACAGUAAUGUUCUCUGGGUGUCACUGAGGAGACUGAUACCCCAUGUCAUUGAUAUACAAUCCAUAGGUAAGGCUGUGCAGUGAAAUAAGUUUGGCCCCAAUGCAAUUCUAACGUUUAAUAAAUCCAGUGUGAUUUCAAAAGAUUUUUGUCAAAUAGUUUUUUGUUGAUUUUAUAUAAUACUCCAACCUCGUUUAGCAUGAGCUAUUCAAUUAUGGCAUAAUUCUACUAUUUGUAUUUUAUUUGCAUCACUGUCAAUGACAAUUUUAUUUUAGAGGCUAACUGCAAAAGUCCACUAUUGUGGUUAAUCCUUAUUGUGGCUAGCUUCACAUAAUGGGUCUGACCAUUAAUCAAAUAAGAACUAGCUAGCUAACUAUAUAGCUACUGAAACAGAUUGUUGUUUUUGCUAUGCUUUUGGGGAAGAACAUAAUUUGCAUCCAUGAGCCAGCUAGCUCUUUUUAUGACCAGCACUGUAGGUGCUCGAUUCAACUUUAGCAUACGUAUCGAAUCGUUGUGACAUAUUAAAUACGAGUGAUUUUUUUGUUUGUUGUGAAAAAUCAUUUUUAUUUUCAUUUCACAUUAAAAUACAAUUACAAAUUUAGUGCAUAACGUUGUACAUAACAUGGAUACUUACAAACAGUAUCAAAAGGUACCGUAACAAUAUAAGAAUAUCAAAACUCCUAAAAAAAAGUGCUGUUCUGCAGAACCUGACCAGUAUUAUUGGCCUAUAUUCAAGAUUAACAUGCCUCUAACAAUCUCCAAAAACAAAACAAACAAUUCUAUAAAUAAAAAUAUAUACAUAUGCCAAAAUGCACUCUGGAUAAACCUCAGUGUAUACCAUGAAUCUUAACGGUACAGACAGCCAGAAUUUGAUUAAAAUGUGACAUUUGUGUACAGAAGACGACAAAAGACAACAAAGGUUUGAGUAGAACAACGCAUCUAGCUUGAGAGGAAUAUGAGGGAAAUCCUCUAUAGGCUGGUACAUCCGAUCUCUACGGAUGUACUCAUAUCCCCCCCAAAAGAAAUUAAACAGUACCCGUAUGAAAGUUUUUCUUAGGGACACCGGCAUGGGAAACACAUAGGCAAGGUGAAGUAAUGAAGGCAGAAUGUCCGCCUUCAGCACUAGCACCUUCCCACUAAAAGAUAGUCGCCUUACUUUCCACAGUCCCAAUCUGUUAUUAAUUGAUAUUAGUUUUUCUUUCCAAUUAAACAUGUCAUCUUUGUGAUAGUGUAAUCAAUGUGUAAUAACUAGUAAACAUUUUUUUAAAUGUAUGAAUUCGUUAAAUUAUGUGACGUGCAGUCAUAUUCAAUUCCUGGGUGGUCAAACAAGCUUAUUUGAUACGUCAAAUAGUGUUAUUUGGGACGUCAAAUAGAGUUGUUUUGACACAUCAAAUAGUGUUAUUUGGGACGUCAAAUAGAGUUGUUUUGACACAUCAAAUAGUGUUAUUUGACUUUUCAAAACGGCUUUCCAGAAUGUGGCCCUUUUAACGAGGCUGUUCACGUGGAACUCCCUGGGUUGGUUCUGUGCCGCGUGGCGUUGUGAUAGAACGCACCCGACUGGGAUUCGAAACCCAACCGUCGCCUAUAUUGAGGUUCCUAUAAAUCGGCGGAGGAGAAGAUUAUCCAUAGAUAUGUUUUGAUACGCUAAUAGCUAGCAGAGUUGCUAACUAGCUACAGAUAAUUUGUGGACAUAUUAGUCGAGUUAGCAAACUGGCUAUAAUUUGACCAUUCAGACCGUUCUCACCAGUUUAUGCCUGUCAAAGGGUCAUGUUUUAGCGUGACAGUUUGCGCAUCAUUUUGAAUAAUAACAUCUCAGAAACACUGAGAUUUUGGAAGCGCCAAGAUGUCUGGGGAACUAGAGCAGAUUCUCUUACAGCUCACGGAGCCUGACAAUGCGAUUAUUCAGCAGGCCACCGCCCAGCUGAAGCUGGCUUUUAAAGACCCAGCCAUCAUCCCAGCGUUGUGUGCUGUCAUGACUGGGUCCCAGAACUCGCAGAUCCGCCAGUCAGCUGCAGUAAUGUUGCGGAUGAGAGUGAAUAAGCAUUGGAAGAAGAUUAGCCCUGAUCACAGAGAGAGUUUGAAAGCAGUGGUCCUGCAAGCCUUCCAGCAGGAGACAGAACACACAGUACGCCACUCCCUCUCGCAGCUCAGCGCAGUGAUGGUCAAACACGAGACGCCAGACCGCUGGCCUGCUCUAUUCACACUCCUCAACCAGUCCACCAAGAGCAACAACCCAAUGGACAGACAGGUGGGUCUACUCUUGCUCAGCAAAGUGGUGGAGUCCAAUCCGGAGCCCUUCAAGCCCCACUAUCGCCAACUGCUGCAGCUGUUUGGCACCGUGCUGCAAGACCUGGACAACCCCACAGCCAUGUACUACAGCAUCCUCACCCUCACCGCUAUGACUGCCUACACGGGCACAGAAGAGAUGAACCUAAUGCGCUCCCUCAUCCCAACACUGAUCAUUGCUCUCAGACACCUCAUCAAGGCAGACCAGGAUCAGGCCAGUGAGGCCAUGGAGGUGUUCGAUGAGCUGAUGGAGAGUGAGGUGUCCAUCAUGGUCCCACACAUCACUGAAAUUGUCCACUUCUGCUUGGAGGUCAGUGCAGACAAGACACUGACUGACUCCCUGCGUGUGAAGGCUCUGUCCUGCAUUGCUUUUCUCAUUCGUCUCAAGAGCAAGACAGUGUUAAAGCAGAAGCUGCUCAAUCCCAUCCUGCAGACGGUGUUCCCCGUGCUUAGUGCAGCGCCACCACCUGGGGAGGAGGACCCUGAGGACGAGGAGAACAGCAAUGAGGACGACACUGACAACGAGAGUCCCAAACACUUUGCUGCUCAGGUUAUUGACACCAUGGCUCUUCACAUGCCCCCUGAGAAACUAUUCCACCAACUGAUGCCGCUGACUCAAGCAUGUCUGGCCAGUGAUAACCCCUAUGAGAGGAAAGCUGGCCUGAUGUGUCUGGCAGUGCUGGCCGAGGGCUGUGCCGACCACAUAAGGACCAAGAUGCUGUCGUCCAUGUUGCAGACGGUGUGCCAGAGUCUGUCAGACAGUAACCAAGUGGUCCGCAGCGCCGGCCUCUUUGCCCUGGGACAGUUUGCUGAGCACCUGCAGCCUGAGGUCAGUAAGUACUGUGCUGAGCUGAUGCCACUGUUGCUGGGCUACAUGUCUGCUCUGAACCAGGCCAAGAUCGGACACGUCACCAAGGCCUUCUACGCCCUGGAGAACUUCCUGGAAAACCUGGGUUCAGAGAUUGAGCCCUACCUGCCCACCCUGAUGGAGACCAUGUUGUCUGCCCUCAGCAACGCAGAGAACCUGAAGCUCAAAGAGCUGGCUGUCAGUGCUAUAGGAGCUAUAGCCAAUGCAGCCAAAGAGAAGCUAGUUCCUUACUUCCUGCCUGUCAUUGAGAGUCUGAAGGGCUUCCUCACUGACACCAGGGAUGAGAUGAGGUCUCUGCAGACACAGGCUCUGGAUACUCUGUCAGUGCUGGCCCGCACCAUAGGUAAGGAGGUGUUCAGCCCCCUGGCUGCAGAGUGUGUUCAGCUGGGACUCAAUCUCACCAACGCUAUCGAUGACCCAGACCUGCGCCGCUGCACGUACAGCCUGUUUUCGGCUGUGUCCACAGUGAGUCCAGACUGUCUGAACCCACACCUCACUGCCAUCACCACCAUCAUGCUUCUGUCUCUCAAGUCCACAGAGGGAGUCACGGCUCACCUUGAGGAGGACAAGACGUUUGUCCUGCUGGAUGACGAUGAUGACGACGAGGCUCAGGGAGACACCAUUUUGGACGAGGAGGGGACUGACAACGUGGACCCAGACAUCGCCGGGUUCAGUGUAGAAAACGCCUACAUUGAUGAGAAGGAGGACACCUGUGAUGCCCUGGGAGAGAUUGCCUUCAACACCGGUGCUGCCUUCCAGCCCUUCCUGGAGUCCAGCUUUCAGCAGGUCUAUGAGCUGCGUGAUUUUCCCCACGAGGAUGUGCGCAGGGCUGCCUUCGUGGCCAUGGGCCAGUUCUGCCGAGCUCAGCACAAAGUGUGGCAGGAGAAUCCCACUGAGGCCGACCACCAGGCCCUGCAGAAGCUGCUGGGGGUGGUGCUGCCAAGCUUCCUGGAGGCGGUCCAUAGUGAGCGUGAGCGCCAAGUGGUGAUGGGCGUGCUGGAAGCCAUGAACGCUGUGCUGAAGGCCUGCCAGGGGGAGGCACUGCAGAGCCCCGGGCGCCUGCAGGAGAUCAGCCAGGCCAUCCGAGACGUGCUCAAGAAGAAGACUGUGUGUCAGGACGGAGGAGGAGACGAGGCAGAUGAUGAAGAGCAGCAGGCGGAGUAUGAUGCCAUGCUGCAGGAGUUUGCCGGCGAGGGGAUCCCCCUGCUCGCCUCUGCCGUCCCAGCGGAGACCUUCCAGCCCUAUCUCAACGAGCUGCUGCCGCUCAUCAUGAACAAGGCUAAGUUGUCGUACACAGUGGCCGACCGUUCAUUCUCCGUGGGCACGCUCGGAGAGAUCCUGCAAUCCCUCGUCAACGUAUCUGGGGGCAGGGCCUGUGCUGGCAAACUGUCCAAUCAGCUGCUGCCUGUCCUAGUGGCUGGGGUGAGAGACAGCGACAGUGAGGUUCGCAACAACAGCGUGUUCGCACUGGGAGCACUGGCCCAGGCUGCUGGACCCCUCGUCGCACGAGACUACCCCAUGAUGCUGUCCCUCUUCUCCAACCUGCUGUCUAAAGAACAGGACAGGAGGGUGAUUGACAACCUGUGUGCUGCCCUCUGCAGGAUGAUCAUGAGCAACAUGGAUGGUGUCCCUCUGGAACAGGUGUUCCCUGCCCUCCUGGCUCGCCUCCCUCUGAAGGAGGACAUGGAGGAGAAUAAGACUGUGUACAGCUGCUUGGCCAUGCUCUACUCUCAGAACCCUGCACUGGUCCUGAGUCAAAUUAAGCCAAUAGUAUCUGCUUCCAGCCACGUCCUGGGAACCAAGGAUCUUGACACAGAAACCCAGAACACCCUGGUCAUGCUGCUCCGAGACGUCGCUCAGCGUCACUCCAAGGAAUUCGAGGUCGCCAUGAAGUCACUUCCCGCUGAGCAGAAGAUGAAGCUGACAGGGGCUGUUAGCCAAUCCUAGCACACCACGUCAACCAGCUAUUCCAUGCCAGUCAAAGCCAGCGAAUUGUAGGAUUUGUGUUACUACAUAUGACAAGUGGGACAGUAGUUGGAACACGUUCAAAUUGGGUAAACCUGCAAACUCCUGCACUUGAACCAUUCUACUAUUAGGAUUCUAUCAUUAUUCAGAGGUUCUGUUCCUAGUUCUCACUUUUUAAUUUAUAUUGUCUGUGCUUUUUAGAAGUUAUUUAAUUUUUUGUGUGUUACUAGUAUGUGUUCGUGUGUUUAUUUUUAGUCUGAUACUGGUUUAACCUUGUUGUCACUGAGAACCUCCAUCUAUUUUCUGCUGUCCCCCUUUUACCACACAUUUGAUCAACUGGCUUGACUAGUAUUGAGUGUGAAGCAAUGAAUUGAACUCAUGAUAAAUGCCUUUUUCUCAGA